AUGGAACCAAGGAACAACGUAACUUACUUUGUCCUCCUGGGCCUCACACAGAAUCCAAAGGAGCAGAAAGUCCUUUCUGUCAUGUUCUUGCUCUUCUACGUGUUGACCCUGGUGGGCAACCUGCUCAUUGUUGUGGCUGUAAUAGGCAGUAAGACCCUGCACUCACCGAUGUACUUUUUCCUUGCUAGCUUAUCAUUUAUAGACCUAAUGUAUUCCUCUUCUAUUUCGCCCAGAUUGAUUUCAGACUUGUUCUUUGGGGAAAGUACCAUAUCUUUUGAAUUUUGCGUGAUCCAGCUCUUUACUGAGCACCUUUUUGGUGGGUCAGAGGUCUUCCUUCUGUUGGUGAUGGCCUACGACCGCUACGUGGCCAUCUGCAAGCCCUUGCAUUAUCUGGUUAUCAUGAGGCAAAGGGUGUGUAUCGUGCUGCUGGUGGUGUCCUGGGUUGGAGGUUUUCUGCACUCAGUAAUUCAACUUAGCACUAUUUAUUGGCUCCCAUUCUGUGGGCCCAAUGUCAUUGAUCACUUUAUGUGUGACAUGUUCCCCUUAUUGGAACUCGUCUGUACUGACACCUAUGUCACUGGCAUCUUAGUGGUGGCCAAUGGAGGACUGAUCUGCACUAUUGUGUUUCUGCUCUUACUCAUCUCCUAUGUGGUCAUCCUGCAGUCUCUGAAGAACCUGAGUCAGGAAGGGAGGCGGAAAGCCCUCCAGACCUGUGGCUCCCACAUCACUGUGGUCGUCUGCUUCUUUGUUCCCUGUAUUUUCGUGUAUGCAAACCCUGCUAAGACGUUCUCCACUGACAAAUCGUUGAGUGUGUUUUAUGCAAUCAUAACUCCUAUGCUGAACCCGCUAAUCUACAGUCUAAGAAAUUCUGAGUUGACUAAUGCUAUGAAAAAGUUCUGGAUUAAAAAAUAUGUUAAGUGGUAA